AUGAGACUCAAGUUCAUGAUCUCAAAGGCGAUGGGAAGGAUGUCUGCCAACAACUCCACCUUCCAAUUCCCGAUACUGGACCUACCAAACGAACUGGUGGCCCAUAUCAUCGAAUUCAUCGACGACCUCAACACACUUCGCAACUUGGCCUGCACCAGUCACCGACUCCAGCAGCUCACAGAGCCCAAACUAUGGCGGGAGAUAACCUUUCGUCUGGCACCGAGUCUACUCCAUAUUGUCGCCGCGACGGAGUCUCGUCAUGAGCGCGCCUCGGCCGUACAAGUCUUGAAUGCCCCACUGAGACCGAAGUUCGGACGGGACAUGUCGAGACUUGCCUAUUUGAUGAUGAUCGCGCGGAACUUGCGGGAGCUGAUGGUGGAAAGCCCUCUGUGCAAUGCUACCCACUUGAGCCACUUCGAAGAUCAUCCGACUUGGCGGUCCAUGACGGCACAGCUGUUUAUGCCAUUUCAACGAGCAGUGGUCGGCAAUGCUGUGGAGCACCGACCUCUACAGAAGUUGACCAAACUCACUCUACAUCUGAACGGUCCUGGUUUGCCAUACUGGACACCAAACGAACGCUCCAUCUCGAUAUUUCUGCACCCAACAUUGAAAUAUCUAAAUAUCUCUUGUGUCAACAUACCCGAGGAUCUUUUCGAUGAAGUCAGCGAGCGGGCAAUAACGCCCCUCCAGCACCUCGUCCUCGAAGAGUGUAAUAUCAGUGUGCGCGGCCUUCAUGGCCUGCUUGGUCUACCGACAGGUCUCGAGCACCUUGUGCUAGGAGAAAACGCGCACAACGCCCGGCAAUUUGACAACGAAGUGGAAGCCUCCUACAACCAUCUCUUCCGCACGAACGCUAGCGCUGUAGUCAAGGCUCUUGGUCAACAGAACCACUCAUUGAAGUCGCUGGUCUAUGUAGCGGCCAGCGCAAGUGUUUUCGCCGAUAGUCAACUUCUUCGAAGAAUGGCAGAGGGACGGCAAGCUGGUGUGGACGCCGGCUUUGCAGACUUCCACGCUCUGGAAAGCAUCACCUCGAGUGGAGCAAACUUCACGUUCGAGAGAGCUGUGCUGUCUUCGGCUCCGCCACCGAACCUCAAAGUCCUUACUUACCAGGCCGAGAACGCCAUCACAUCUCCGCACGGCUCAUCGUUGCAAACAAACGCCGAUGAGACGGAAAUGAACAACCGGCUUGUCGCGCUUCUUCCCUUCCUUCGCGCACCAUCUGCUUCAGUCCCAGCCAGUCUCGAACGCCUCAACAUCGUCUACCAGCGCCGCGUUCAAGCACCGGUGGUCUUCACUGACGACAAGCAAGCACAUAUCGAGAAGACGGCCAAAGCUUUGAAAGCUGUUCACGGCGCGGUCUUGAUGGUGGGCUUCAAAGGGUUCGGACAAUAUUACCCUCCGUUCCUGUACGGUGAGGACGAGCCCAAGGAGAAGAUGAUCUUCGAUGGAGAGUCCGGCACGUUUUAUGGCCUCAAGCCGGGAUACGCAAGGCUAGCAGAUCUUACGGACGAAGAUGAUUCUGAUGAGGAGUGGGCGCCCAUCAACGUGUCCUAG